GCUUCUUCUCGUCUGUACAACAUCGAUAUAAACAUCCGCAGGUCCUCGGGCCAAGUCGACAAGAAUAUUGGCAUUCGAUAGCCUCAAAAUACGAAUCUGCUUUUGGCCCUAGUGAGGACCUUGAUGAGUCUUUUUGAGCAGGUUUAUUUCCCACAGAUCAUCGUCGUGCAGAUCGCCCCCGCCAGACUACCCAUGCUCGCCAUCGCGUUCGGACCUGUCACCGAGACAGAAUCAUGUCACCUUCGCUUAUAUUCAAUUCGGGUUUGGUUCUGGUUACUUGAAAAGUCAUGGUAAUAAUGGAGAGUGGAUCUGAGGAAUCGGAUGGUUCUGGCACACGGGCGGUUGGAUGCGACGGUUUAAAGGCUCUGGCGUUGCUCGCCAGAGACUGAAAUCAGCGCGUUCCCGCGACAUUCAGUUGAGUUUCGGCUGAAAAAGAGAGCAUCAUGUCUCCUGUUGCUGUCAAUGAGCUGGGGCAACCCAGCCCUUCGGCUUCAUCGCCUUCUUCGGAUAAUGUGGAGGCAAACACAACAGGGCCUGUCUUCAACGAGCAAACCAACUAUGUUCCCAAACGGACUAUUAUCACGAUUUUCCUGGCAUGUUCGACCGUCGACUUUGUCGCGUUGAUGGACCAGACGACCCUGGCCGCCAGUACGUCCAUCAUCGGCAAUGCCCUGGGAGCCAGUGACCAAACAUCGUGGAUAGCCGGAGGUUAUUUUGUUACUUCCACAUGCUUCCAAUUGCUCUACGGACGUCUGUCCGACAUCUGGUCUCGAAAGCUCGUUCUCUUCGUUGGCCUCGCCAUCUUCUUCUUCGGGUCCCUAGCUGCAUCUCUCGCCCAAACCGUCACCCAGCUAAUUGUCUUUCGAGCUUUCACUGGUGUAGGCGGUGGUGGUUUGAUGACCGUGGCACAGAUGAUAGUCAGCGAUGUAGUCCCGCUCCGUGAAAGAGGAAAAUACCAAGGCAUCCUCGGCGCCGUGGUAGCAAUUGCUAACGGUGUCGGUCCUGUCGUCGGAGGAGCCCUAUCUUCUAUCUCAGAAGAUUCCUGGCGAUGGAUCUUUCGGUUGAAUCUUCCUCUCACUGCGCUGACGACUUUGUGCGUGUUCUUCUUCAUGCCCUUGCGGAAAGUCACCGGAGACUGGAAGGUCAAGCUCAAGGCCAUUGACUUCUUUGGAGCCGUUCUUGCUCUGGGUGGGACAGCUGUGCUUCUUCUGGGUUUGACCUGGGGUGGUGGCGAGUAUUCUUGGAACUCAGCACAUGUCAUCGCAACCAUUGUGGUUGGGUUCGCCAUCUCAGUGUGCUUUGUUCUGUGGCAGUGGAAGGGGACUUCGACGCCUUUGGUGCCGAUGCAUAUCUUCAAGUCACGCAUUGUAAAUGGCGCUAGUCUGACUAUGUUCGUCAAUGGAUGGAACUUUCUCGUCCAGGUUUACUACAUUCCUACCUUCUAUCAAUUGGUCUUUAACUAUUCAACGGUUAAAGCUGGCGCAAUGCUGCUGCCAAUCACUUUAAUGCAGACUGUAAGCAGUACCGUUUCCGGUCUCGUAGUCCACUGGGUCGGUCGAUACCGAGAAUGUAUCCUAUUCGGCUGGAUGAUCUGGGCCAUCGGACUAGGUCUUUUCUCGACCCUCGAUCGUGACUCGGGGAUCGGGAAGCAAAUUGGAUAUGGAAUUCUGACCGGCGCCGGUGUUGGCAACACAUUACAACCUGCCUUGAUAGCCGUCCAGGCCGGUGUCGAAAGACGAGAUAUGGCAGUCGUCACCUCCUUCCGCAACUUCGUCAGAAACCUCGGCGGAACUCUCGGUCUCGCCAUAGCCGGUACAAUCAUUAACAACCUCCUCUCCACCUCCAUCUCAACUCUCAACCUCUCCAGCGAAGACUCCCGCUCCCUCCUCUCCAGUCCAAGUAACUACCUCUCCAAACUCUCCGACGCCGAAUCCGAACACGUCCGUUCUGUCCUAAUCCCCGCAUAUAAAAAGGGGUUCAUGAUUAUCUUCAUCGUGGGGGCUGCGCUAUCGGCAGUGGCGUUUGGAUUGGCGUUUUGGCUAAUGCCGCAAGUUACGUUGAAGAGGGCGGAUGAUGAGAAGUUGAAAGAGGAGGGGAAGAAGAGGGUUGAGGGGGAGUUGGUAGAUGAGGAGAAGAGGUGAUUCUUUUUUUUUUACCUUCUUUUUUAGACUUGAGGUAUUAUAUAGAACCGUCUAGAUGAGGCAAAAAGGUACUUUUGUCCAUGCAAUGUAGUAGUACUCUUAGGAUUGAGGGUACAUAGACAGUUGGGAUCAAAAGUGGAUUAUCUGGUUGAUGAACAGGUUAGAAGAAUGUAAUGUUUAAUACACGCCAGGUGGUU